GUUUAGGAGGCGGCCACUGCUUGCCCUUGAUCACAGGAAACAGGAUGAGGGAGUUCAUUUAGAAUCAUUCAGGAUUAUACAUUCACCUGAAUUCGAUAAUGCUGGGCACUGGGUUCUUUCUAGUCUGAGGGAGAAGACAGUCUGAAGGGAGAGCUGCUUUACCAACAAACGGUGCAUCACUGCUUAUGUUUGGAGCUUUUUGUUGUUUCUUCUUUAACAGUGUUCAGAGGUAUUUCAGCACAAUGAUGGGGGCAAAUCCAGCCCUGAUGUUCAUCCUGCUGUUUUCAGCGGCUCUGACCUUCAGCUGUGAUGGUGGCAAAAUCUUAGUCUACCCCAUAGAUGGUAGCCACUGGCUCAACAUGAAAAUCCUAGUGGAGGCACUUCAUUCACGGGGCCAUGAAAUCACAGUAAUCCGUUCCUCCACCAGCUGGUACAUUGCUGAAUCUUCACCCUAUUACAGGUCCAUCACCAUCCCCCAGGAACAGACUCAAAACAUAGAGAGCCAAAGCCACAUGUCCUCCUUCCUGCAGAGAUCAUUAGACAUCCGUCGGAGAGGGGGAACAUUUUGGGCAUUGUUGGAAUUCUAUAAGAAUCUUUUUGACUUACUUGGGGAAAACCAUUUAGGCACUGCCCAAGUGGCUGUCAGCAUCUUUGAGAAUAAGACGCUAAUCAAGGUGCUGAAGAAAACUGGAUAUGAAGUCUGUCUGACCGACCCUGUAUUUCCAGGUGGAGUGCUGGUGGCACAUUAUCUCAAUCUCCCCAUGGUUUUCAAUGUACGCUGGAUUUUCAAUGGAGAUGGACACUAUGCCAUUGCUCCUUGUCCUCUCUCCUAUGUUCCCCAGUUGUUCAGCCACUCUACAGACAAGAUGGACUUUUUCCAACGACUCAGUAACGUUGUCUAUCAUGGCAUGCUAGUUUACAUGCACCACUUCGUCUCAAAUCCACCCUACCAGGCUGUGUGUGAUCGAUAUUUUGAACCAGGUGUUACCCCUCUUUCCCUCAUACAAGGUGCUGAUAUUUGGCUGUUUAGGACUGACUUUACAUUUGAGUUCCCUCGUCCCACGAUGCCUAAUAUCGUCUACAUCGGAGGGUUCCAGGGUAAGCCCUCAAAGCCUCUCCCAGUUGAUUUAGAGGAGUUUGUGCAGAGUUCUGGUGAACACGGGGUGGUCUUCAUGACUCUUGGGACCCUGUUAGGCGACAUAGGCCCAGAGUUAUCUGAAAUCAUUGCCUCAGCUUUUGCCAACCUCCCUCAGAAGGUUAUAUGGAGACACACUGGAAAAAGGCCUGCCACUUUAGGAAACAACACCCUGCUGAUGAAAUGGCUUCCUCAAAACGAUCUUCUUGGUCACCCUAAAACCAAGUUGUUCAUCACACACGGAGGCACCAAUGGACUUUACGAAGCCAUCUACCACGGUGUCCCAGUCCUGGGUAUUCCUUUGAUCUUCGACCAGUUCGAUAACCUUUUGCGCAUGCAGGCCCGGGGAGGAGCAGAGAUGGUUGAUGUGACAACCAUGGAUGUUGAGUCUUUGACAAAUGCUCUGAAGAAUAUUCUAGACCCAGAAAAGCCUUACAAAAAAAAUAUGGUCAAACUGUCGCAGCUCCAUCAUGACAAACCAAUAAAACCACUAGACAGUGCCAUUUACUGGACAGAGUACGUCAUGAGGCACAAGGGGGCAGCACAUCUACGCACUGAGUCCUACAAGCUGCCAUGGUACGUCUACCACAGUCUGGAUGUGAUGGCAUUCUUUGUAGUUUGUGGUUUGCUACUCAGCACAUUCAUCUGUAUUUCCUGUAAAUGUCUUAUUGGAUGUUUGUUUAACUCAAAGAAGUCCACAUUAAAGUCUAAGAAAGAAUAGACCGUAAAGAUAAAUCAGAAAGCAAUGAACAACAAACACAUUAGAGAAACUGGUUAAUUAUUUGAAUGUGCUGGGAAUGAAAAAGAAGAAACUAUAAGAGCUUUUCUUUCUACCAGAU